UUAUUCCUCAACGUGGGUUUGUUGGAUCGCAUUGUAUUGACAGAUCAGUGGAACUAAAUAUAUAUCUGCGUAAGAAGUCAGUAAUGUUGAUUUAAAGUUGAUAUAAAAAUGGAUAAAAAGCGCCGUAGCGACGUCCCGGCGGAGUCGGAGCCUCCGGAGAAAAGAAAAGCUCCGGAGUUCAAUGGCACUGAAUUUAAAACCAUGCUUAGAAAUCCCACCACAGCCAUGAGGGGACUACAACAAUUCAUAUUUACUGCGAAGAAGCUGCCAUGCUCUGACAUGUAUGAUGUGGUCGAGGGUUACAUCAAAAUCUCUAUGGAGUGUUCAGAGAUAUUCAGUCUCCUAGAAGGAGAGAAGCACACAGAAACUGAGAUGAUGCUGGUUUUUGAGAGCCUAGAAGUGAUUCUUCUGAGAACAGCCAGUGACCUCUCCCACUUCAACAUGGUUGGCAUCGCAAUCGUGAAAAAGAUGGUUUCGGGCCACAUGAAACUUCUUCAAGGGUCCUUUCAGACAACAAAUCAUGGGUUUGUCCGCCAGUGCCUCAAUCUACUGUCUGCCAUGGUGUCUCAGGGUGUCGAAGCUGCCAGAGAAGUCUUAAAUCACAUUCAAAUUAAAGCAUUUCCUAAACUUGCAACAAGAAGGGAUAAAAGGGGUAAGCCUGAUGUGCGCUUAGCUUUUAUCCAGUUUGUGCUCUCCUUUUUGGUGUCUGGGAAUAAUGCAAUCAUUGGACAAAUAUUAGACUUUAAAGAGUUCCUGCCACAUAUCUUGAACACGGGUCUGAAGGAGGACAGGAUGUCAACAGUCAAUCUAAUUUUGUCAACACUGAAGUCAAGAGUUGUUUUCAACAAAGCCAUUAGUAAAACUCAGAAAGUGCGCUUCUUCACUCCUGCUGUUUUGGACAACCUUGCAUCUUUGUAUAAAUGGAAUGGGAUUGCAGAUGCUUCCAUAGAUGAUGACACAACUGCAGAGGACUCUGAUUCUUCUGGGAUAUCAGUCGUCCGGGAACUUGUUCACAGCUUUUUUCUUGACUUGUGCUGCUCCUAUAAACAUGGCAUCAGCUUUAAUGAUGCCAGCUUUGGCACAUCAGGCAGAGCGGGUAAUCUUGUCUUGCUUCAGUUUUUGGUUGGGCUGAAGCAGGCAACUGAGGAUGAUUUGGUGGCAGAUCUGGUGGUGAACGUGCUGAAAACCUGCCCAGACAUUCUGUCCAGAUAUUUCAAGGAGACUCAGUAUUCGUACACCCCGCGCCUCAGAAGUGCCUGGCAGGACAAUGUGAAGCUGCUUAAAAAGAUCUAUGAAGCUCAGCCUGAAAUCUCCACAGUUUUUCAAAGCGGUGAGAUGAUCCCUUUGCCUCGCUUGCUGUCCAUGAUUAUGGUGAUAUCUGUUCCUCCAGUUUGUAACAGAGUCUUUUUCACACAGGGCCUCAAUCUUUCCAACUCCACAGUCCAGCUUACAACUGUGUCCAUAAUGAAUUUCAUUUUGAAAAAAGCUAAUAAGAGCAUGGCGUAUCUUUUGGACAAGUCUGUGUGGCACAAAUCAGACGUGUACACAGACAGCAUGAUGGAGGAGUUGGUGCAGCAGUACAGGGAGGCACUUGGCAAGAUUUUGCCCGACAUGACAAGCAUCAUUUCAUCAUGGCAGUCACUUAGCAAGAAGAAAAACCCCGGGGGGGAGGAUGAAAAGACAAAAAGUGAAGAAUGUGUGGAACAGGCGAAUAAUGAAAAUGAACUGCCUGUUGCUGAUGCAGCUGAGGUCAUUCUGCUGAAGGCUUUGAUUCUUCAGGUCAUAUGUCUUUACCAGAAGGUGGUCCCACAUCUGGUCAUGCAAAGCAAAUUUGACUUCAGCAAACUCCUGAAAGGGAUUGUGUCUGAAAAGGGAAUGAGGCAAGAAAUCCCGCCCAUCUUACAGUAUCAGAUACUUCAGUUGGCCUUAGAUCUUCCUGCCAGCAAGUUUUCCUGGUGUCGCAUUCAGGAUGUUGCAUGCUCUGAAUCAUCAUCUGGAGAGAAGUCAGUACUUUACCUGCUUCUAAAAAUGUUUGUGAGCAGCACCAACAGCAGCAGCUUCCUCAGAUCCUCCACACAGAAGCUGAUUCUAAAAGUGCUGAAGGACACUGGGGUAUUUGAGUACACACUGUCUGAGGUUGAGCUGUGGCUGGAACAGUUGGCCAGACUAGAACCAAACCAGCAAGAGACAGUUAUUCCAUUUUUGGAAAGGAUUUUGAUUAAACUGGUGGGCAGUUCCCAUGAAUACACAGAUAAAGUUGCCAACUUCGUCCAGGAGGCAAGUCAGCUGCAGGCUAAUCUGAGUAAUCAGGAGGGGGACGCCGUCAGUAUUCCAAUAUCCCACAUAGACGAUGUCUUGGACAUGGUGGAUGUGAUUAUGGAAGGUAAUGAUGGUGAGAUGGAGGAGUUUGGACCAUCUUUGAGUGAAGACCUCAUUGUUCAAACUUUCCCGUUCAGUGCCUUGGUCCCUGCUGCUCUUGAAGCUCGAAACAAUCUUCCAGCAGAUAAAGGGGUGGUAUGUGAGUAUUUGUCUGCAGUGCUCUUAGAUGUGCUGCACUCUCAGAGAGAGCCACUCCCUCUCUGUCUGAGUUUGCUGCAGUACGAUAAAGAGCUUGCAUCCUCCCAACUCCCUGCUUCUGUUCAUCAAUCCAUCAUACACUUUCAUCAGUAUUAUUCCAUGUGGCUGCCACAGGAGAGCCACGAACAACUGUUUAAGUCUUCUGAAUGCCUUACAAAAGAACUGUCAGCCCCCUCAUCAUGCUCUUCACUACUGAAAGCUGCAUACAUCCAGGGACCAGGGGCUUUGCUUGAAGAUGCCUUCAGGCAAAAUAUAGAAAAGACUUUAGCUUCCAUGCCAAUGUCAGAGUUUUCACUUGUUACCAAACAGAUUUUACUCUACGUUAAAUCAACUGUGGAAAACUUUGGCAAGUUCUCCAAGGACAUUAGAGGAGCUCUUCUGGGGAUCUUGAUGGGAAUGCUUCAAGAAUUAGUAACUAAACUGCAAAGCUUUGUGGAGACUUCAGAUUCUGAACCAGCUGCAGAGACGCAGAAAGAAUCAGAUCUCUUUUUGGAAGUCAACCAGUCGCCAACAGUCGAGGCCAGCAAAGAGCAGGUUCUUGUUUCAGUUCUGGCCUCCAUCUUUAAGCACCCGUGUUUGGAGCAGUGGUUUCUGGCUCUGGAGCUGGCUGCGUUUCCUCCUCACUCUUUGAAACCUGUUGCUCUAAAGCACUUGUGUGCUCAGAUGACGGAUAAUACUCUGACCCUGCUGAAGAUAAGUGCUCCUGCUCUUUAUGAUCUGAGUCACCUGGAGCUGCUUUGUAGUUACAUGGGGGCUUUAGAAAAAGCCACUCUGAAGGAAUUACAGGAAAAGUGUUCUCGGCCUCCAAAAACACACUCCAGAACUUUGCAGGCACUCUUGUUUUUGCACAACUACAUGGACUCCCGUGUUCUAAGAGAAGUGGUGUCCCGGCUGCUCCUCCUCCCUCAUGACAGCCUCAUCUCUCCCAGCAGUGAGGGGACGCAGCCAGAGCUCAGUGUUUACGGCCAAGUAGCUCUGCAAAUCCUCACCAAGUGUACGUCUACUUCUUAUCAAGACCACGGCAGAUUUCUGACACAGGCACACCUUCAUGGCCUCGGCACCCUCCUCGUGUCCUGCUCCAGCCCUGAGCUGGAAGCUUUGCUGCUCCAGACUUUGUCCUCCAAUCCAGGCAGUGCCAAGUUAAUCCACACAGAUGUGCUGCUCCACUGUCUACAGAAGCCUGUCCAAAAUACUCUGGCUAUCAGCGCUCUGCUGCUGGAAAACUGCUCUUCUCAUCGCCUCCGCUUUGAAGUCUGGUGCCUAGAAUCCACAAAUAUGGAGAAGAUGUUGAAUACAAAAGCCUUCCUUCCUCUAGUUAACACGUAUUUGCAGGUGGCAAGUAAAGAGGACCCAGCCAGACCUAAAGAUGUGCAAAAAGAUGUUUUAAAAGCUUUGAAGCAAACACUGCUUCCCAAACUGUCCUGGAGUAUUCUGGAGAACCAGGGCGAGGACUCUGGAGUCCAGUUAGUAGAAACUGCUACGAGUCUCAUCAAGCUCUCUGCAGACAGGAACGACAUUGAGGAUCUGAUCACCAAUCUUCCAGAUUCUCUUCAAAAUAUAGACAACUACGAAAGAUGGCAGCUUGUUGAUUUAAUCUCAGAGAAACUUGCUGAUUGCCCAGUUGAACAAGAAAAAUGGAGAAAGUCUGUCAUGACUUCAGCCCUCAAGUGUCUGAUGGCUUCAUACUGCCACAUAAAAGAUCAUGCUGCCUCCCCAUCAACCCAGGAACAGAGCAUCUUAAAACGACUGCAACAACUUAUGACGUCUCCUGAAAACGUAGCUGCUUCUGAUUGGAACAGUUUUGUCAAAAAUGGGCUGAGAAAUCGCUACGGUGAUCACCAUUUCCUAAAUACUUUAAGUAACUUGUUGGAACUGAUGUAUGGAAGCAGUGAGAUCCAAAAGGACCUGAUAUCAUUAUCCACCCUGCAUAUGAUGACCAGCAGCCAUUCUCAGUUUCUGCCCACCUUGUUGGACUCCAGAGAAGAGCCCAACAAGUCUCAAGCUAAAGAGGCGCUGAUAUCCCUUCUUUACUGUCUGGUGAAGAAGUGCCCGACGGUCUGUAACACCAAUCACUUUGUUGUACUUCUGGCAGCAUACAGAGCCACACUUUCUGCUUCAGAUCAAAAGCUGUUGCUGCUUCUUCAGGAAUAUGAAAAAAACCAAGUCAGCCUGCUUAAAUUUCAAUCUUUCUUGUGGGGCCCUGCUGCUGUGGAGCAUCACAAAACCAGGAAAAGCCUGGGAGCCUCUCUGUGGAAGCAGCCGAGCUCAAACGAUGUGUUGGCGCUGCUGAACACAGACAUGAUGAGCCAAACUAUUUUAAAGUUUCCUCAGCAGCGCACAAUCUUCCCUCAGGACAGUACAGAGCUGCUGUACAGUAGUGAUGCAGUGGAGGAUCUUGGAAGUUUGUAUGAUCCAUGUUUUCUUUUGCCUCUGUUCAGUGCCAUCUUGCGACCAGAGUGUGUUAUUGACUGCCUCAAGUUUGCAUCCAGCCACGCUCUCGGAGUAACUUUAAUGGCUCUAAGUAGCUACGACCCGAAUAUAAGAGCUGCAGCGUAUCAUGUGCUUACCUGUUUUUACCACCACCUGGAGGCUGCUCGCUUCAGAGAGAAGAGACAGCUGCUUUAUUUAAUGACUGUUGUCAAGAACGGGAUUCGAAGGCAGAAUCAAAGAGUUCCAUUCGUUUUGGCUUCUUACAUCAACAAAGUGGCUCAGUUGAUGCUCAGACCUGAGGACCACAUGUAUGUGGUGUUAAACAGGUUUCUGCUGGGCCACCAGGAUUUGGACUUGAUGCGAAUCCCGAAUUUCUACAAUCUUUUUUGUGGCUUUGAAUUAGAGUACAAGAUUGAACAAGAAUGGAUCUUGAAUGUGCUUGAGGAAGGGAUAAACGAUGGACGCAGUUUUGAAAUAUGUAACCAACAAGGCGUCUUUAAGGUUCUGUUGGGCUUCAUCAGCAGCCCUCUGUGUAGUGAAUACUUCCAGACUCAAAUCAUCAGGGUGUUGUGUCAUGCUGCCCGUGUGACAAAAGCAGCUUAUGGUCUCAUUAGGAACUGUGGACUGCUGAGCUGGAUGUUACAAGUAGUCGAGAAAAGAAAUCUAAACCAGCAGCUGUUAUGCUCCUUGAUUGAUCUGCUCCAUGGGCUGUGGUUUACUGUCCUUGGGCAAAAGGAAAAGAAGGUUAAUGAGGUCACGUCUUCUACUGAUGAGAGUUUUCAGAGCUUAAUGAAAUGUGUUCCACUUCCAUUCAUCAGUGAGUUCCUCUGUGUGUCACUGGCCAUCAACAGACACCUCAGGUUGGGCGUGAAGGCCACCCACCUCAGCCUGUUUGCGCGGACUCUUUGCUCGUUGCUGACGCACCGGGCGACAGCUCUCUGUUUAAACAAACAAGCCGACCGCCUCACGCUCCGUCCACAGCCACUCUCUUGUACCGAAACCCUCUCUCUGCUCCUCUCCUGGGCCUCCCUGUCCCAGUGCACCGCUCUUCUCACCAAAAUACAAGCCUUGUCAGAAAAACACAAGCUAAAGGAGCUCACAGGUUGGGGGAGGUUUAAGGUGCGAGGUAAAAGCCACGUCUAUCAAGGCAGCAGACGAGAUGUGAACUCACCAGAGGACAGCAAGACUCUAGAGGGGAGUCUCCUGACAGAUUGUAAAGUUCACCUCAGCAGGAUCUUUGUUCACUGGGAGCCCGUGUCUCACCUCUCAGAACCCCAGGCAGAUCAGUCCGGAGACAAACUGGACCCCAGUGAGUUGGCUGGUGACACUGCACUCCUGCUCACUGAGUGGUCCCUGAGGUGGCUGGUGGAGAACCCCUCUGAUGAAAGCGCAACAAGAGAGUUCCUUCACUGGUUUAAAAAGGCCGUGAUGAAACACAAGAAAAUCAAAAAUGCCGUGAUGCUCGAUUUCGACUUGAAAGCCGACCUCCUUCAGCUCUUCCACCUCACCGUUGAAACUCGGUGUCACUCCAGCUUUGAAACAAGAGUAGAAACGUUGCAGCUUUUUACCAACAUUAUGAUCGGUUUACUAGAGAUGCAAGGCCACCCUUCAGAUCUCCAUCAGUCAGUUCUCUCUGCCUGCUUGUCUCAUCAAGAUCAGUCAAGAUGUGAAGCAGGACUGUUUCUGUUGUCGAUGUACAUCCAUGAGCUGUGGAGUGGAGCCGCCUCAGCAGAACUGUUCCUGUCUCACGUUCGUUUGGUGACCGGAGUCAAGAGCAAAAACAAAAAGGUCUCCACAUCAUCAAAAACUCAGCCAGCCAUCAGAGCGAUCUGUAACGACAUCAUCGCCAUGAAAAGAUAAAUGGAAAAUUUGGACACUUGUAAAAAGUAGACUGUGCUUUUACAAACCAAUAAAUUUAGCUGACUUUCAUUUUGAUGUUAUUUAGUUCUUUAUAUGAAAUGUUACAUUUUGAAAUCUGUUUUCAUGCGAGGUUUCUCUUGUGACGCAGACGUUAUUGUGUGAUGAAAUUGUAAAAAUGUGAUGAGGAGAAAUAAAUGUCUUCUCCAUGAUUUAAGACAAAAAUAUUUCUGCCUUUUUUAAAAUAAAGAUUGUCACAAACAUACUGUUUGAAACACAAAAUCAAUGUUAUAACGCCUUUGUUUAAAAAGCAGCCUUGUACUUUGUCAAGAAAUUGGUUGGGACAAGUAAUUAUUAACUUUUUUUAUGUAAAAGUAAAAAUAUUUCAAUCUUUGUAGUCUCCCUUGUCACCUCAUUUUGGAAAAUAUAUAUUAAGAGUGCAAACCUUCAAGCAUUUGAUCCUCUGUGGUGUCCUCUGAGUUUGUGUAUCCUGCAAUAAACAAAAUGCAAAAAAUGUUCAUCAACAUAUGGCUUCAAAAUAAAAAAAUAAUACACGUUUA